CGAAUACGAAAGUAAUGCCUCUACUCACUCUUAUGGCAAAAUCUCAUUGCUAUCUGUCAGACUGUGCGUGAAACAUGGCCGCCAAUCACCCAUUCUUGUUCCUCCACAGUAAAAUCCCAUAAGGAACUGUCAGACUGUGCGUGAAGCAUUUACCUUCGUAGUCGCGAAUUUUCUCGCUUUUAUUUUCGUUGACGCUUGUCAGCGGUUAUUUAUCCAGAUAUGGACUCCAACGCGACAGCACAGCAGCGUCCUGGCAAGAUGUUUUUGGAUGUUUCUGCGUCGGUCGAUUUCCCGUCGCACCAGCUGCUCCUUCAAGCCCGAGCUGAAUUGGUUGCCCCAGGAGAAGAUGUCUGGCUCAGUACUCUAACCAGGAACUAAUAACUAAUUGCCCCACUCUCGCCAAGUCGUUUUGCACCUAGUCUGCCCACCUCGCUCGCUGCGCUCCACGCCGUCUUGUACCUGCCGGAUCGGAAGCGAACACCAUAUUUGCAGGGUGGCUGUCCGUCAUUAUUGCAAAAUGCCCUGCCCAUCGUACCCUUCCGGCUUUAGCUACCUUCUGGAUAUUGGGUUCGCCGUAGAGCUGGGCGAGCUCGUGGUUCAUUCUUUGCCGCCACACACCGUCUUCUUGCACACCGCCAAAAAUGGUCCUAAGCACCCGUCUCUCGAAUACUCUGAGUGCCAUUUGGUGCGGUGCCGAAUCUUUUUUGACCGCAGCUUCUUCUGGAGCCCGUAGUAGGCCCGACUUGACUACGCAUACGAUCACAAACGAACACGCAAGUUCUCGUAACGCGCGCGAAUUUGUACGGUUUUUGCAAUCACUGUGCAUAGGUGAUUGAAGUUAAUUUCGGUCUCAGUGCGUUGAGCCGAAUAUCGCAACAAAGGGCUACCGCUCGUGCGUGGCCAGGUUAAAUCCAGUGCGACUGUGUUUAAUUUCAAAUUCGCAAUCACCGUGCGUGGGUGAUUGAAGUAAGCUUUCGGUCUCAGUGAAUUGAGCCGAUUGUACCCCGAAAGGGGCACUUUGAGUGUAGCCAAACGAAUCCAAUGCAACUGAGUGCAACUCGAAUUAGCGAUCACCGCCAGUGGGUGAUUGAAUGAUUGAAACAAGUGACCGUCGCCCGAGAGCGGCUCGGUGAGCAUCCCGUGUGGGGAAUAUUGAACAGCUUACCGCCAGUGAACAGGCCAGGUCAUUUAAUUGGGUUUUACAAGCGUGCUCCAGUGCGGAGGAAAGUACAUGCUGCCCGAGCGCAGCGAAGGUAAUUGAAUUUUACCGCCCAUACGCAGUCGCAGUGAUUCCCGUCGAGAGGGAGAGCGAACGGCCUGCUGCCAGCGAGUAGUUGAAGCCCAUUAAUUUAAUGUUACUACCGCGUACGCGGUCGCAGUGAUUCCCGCCGAACGGGAGAGUGUGAAAACUAAAAACUCGUACGGUUUAUGAUCAUACCGACGCGUGCGAACUAAGUUUCCGUUAGUGUAAAAAGUGAACAUGCCGACGAACGAAACAAUUCAAGCAGAGCUGGCAGAGACCAGCAAAAACCAACUCACGGCGCUAGAAGGCGCGCUGAAGAAAAUGACAGAAGAUGCCAAAAAACUAAAAGACCAGCCUCAUACAUGGGUGCAAGUUACAAGCACCAUUGGAAUGCUGGACGCCCUGUACACACAAGCAUCAGGCGUUUUGCUGAAACUAGAGGGCAUCGAGGGCCCCCAUCGACGCAGAGCUCCUCUCAUGGCGCUCCACCUACGUGCCAAAGUGACCUUAGAGGAGCUGGCCAACGCGUCAAAACCAGUUCCUCCAGUACGCGCACAGGAACCGCUGCUGGAUCAAACUAUUCAGCCGCACACCAACAGGGCGGAUCAUUUACCGAGGAUCGAUCUCCCUCGGUUCAAUGGUUCGCCGACCGAGUGGCUCUCAUUCAAGAGCCGUUUUGAAAAGCGCAUAUCUGCGCUAAGUGAAGACGCAGACAAAUUCGAGUUUCUAUGCAUGUGCCUUGAGCACUUCGAACCGGCGAAAAAUUCGAUUGAAGCUCUUGAGAAUUCAGGGACUUCUUUUACCGAUGCAUGGCAAAAAUUAAAAGCGCGCUUUUACAAGCGCCGUAAUGCCUUUGAAGGCUACUUCACCAAAUUACUUAGGGUGAACAACAUUACAAACCCCAAUGCCAAGGCGAUCUUGGCACUAAUCGAUGCGGUGGACACCACGGUUCAUGCCGCUCAACAAAUCAACGGAGGACGCAGCCAAACGCUGGAUUGCGUCGCAAACGGGCUACUUGUAGCCAUUGUGAAGGGGAAAAUGGACAACUCUACCCUGUCCAAGCUCGAAGAGAGCCUGGACCUCCAACAGAUUUAUAUGUGGACCGAAUUGUAAACGGAGCUGGAGAAACGAGCGAACCAGCUAGCUUGCCAUACUGAAUUCGACGGAGCACGAAACGUUAAAACGGUGGCAGCAGCCCCCGUCUCCCGAUCCUCGAAAGGGAACAAUGAAAAUGAUCAAUCAUCAAAGAGCCCAAAAGCUUGUUUCGCCUGCGGCGCAACCAGCGAUAAUAGCAUAUUCUAUUGUGCUGUAUUCAACAAGCUGCCAAUCAAGGAGUGAUGGAAAAUGCUACAAUUGCUUAUCGCAUGGGCACUCUGCAAAAAAGUGACCUUCAAAAGUAAGCUGUAAGGAGUGUGGUGCCCGUCACCACACCCUACUACACUCGCCGGCGGGGGAAAUUUCCUCGCCAUCGACACCUCAAGAGAAGGCCGACGGAUCGACCAUGCAGGCCUCGGCCUCUACAAGUGACUUGGGGAAAAGUAUGUGUUUUUGGCAACAGCGGCCAUAAACGUACGAGGAGCUUCGACUUGGUACCAAGUUCGUUGUCUAUUGGAUUCGGGUAGCCAAGUCGAAACAAUUACCGAAGAGGCAGCGCAACUCAUUGGCCUGCCCCACACUGCAGUCCCACUGACCAUAAAUGGAAUCGGCAACGCAUCAUAUGCUUACGACUCUGAUUGAGUCAAAGAGUGGUAAGCUUUCAACACAAGUAGAUUUGAUUAUUGGGGGAUCAGCCCAUCGUUACUCUUCGCAAGGGAUCGAUAAGGGUGCCAGACGACAUCGAAUUGGCCGACCCUACGUUUUACAAGAGGCAACCCGUGGAAAUUCUAUUAGGAUCCAGGGUGUUCUUCCAAAUCAUCAGGCCCAGAUCUAUUAAUCUGGGAAAUGGACCUGUUUUUCAGGAAUCCGCCCUUGGAUGGCUAGUCGGCGGACUAGCAUCUUUCCCAAAGCCGCGACAAGUCAUUGUGGCUGUCGUGGAAGCCAAGCCUGAAUACAAAAAGGCUCCAGCUGCCGAAAAACCAGAAGGGUACGACGACAACGAACAAAACUUGGAGAAUUGGUUCAGGCAUUUUUGGGCGCUCGAGGAGGUGACUUCCGCGGAAGCGACGCCCUACCUCAGCGCGAACAUUUGCGAAGAACACUUUCGCAAAAACACCACGACAGGACCGGAUGGCAAAUUCACCGUUCGUCUUCCUCUAAAGCAUGAACCUCAGAUUCUGGGGAACUCUUUUGAACAGGCAAGGAGGCGCUUGCUAUCGUUGGAGAAGCGUCUUACCCAUCACCCAGACAUAUAAGAGCAAUAUAGAGAUUUCCUCAAGGAAUAUCUCGCCUUGCAGCAUAUGGAAAUAGUCCGCCCAGUUGAUUAUGCAAGGGUAAAAUAUUAUAUACCCCACUCCUGCGUAAUUAAGCCGGACUCCACCUCAACGAAACUACGAGUGGUGUUCGAUGCUAGCGCCAAAACGACGAGUAGCAUAUCUCUGAAUGAGAUCUAGCACAGCGGACCGGUAAUACAGCGCGAGCUGUUUGAGUUACUGUUAGACUUCAGGUGCUACGACAAGGUAAUCACCGCUGACGUCGCAAAAAUGUACCGGCAGGUAAACGUCCACGAGGAAGACUCGUGGUUGCAAUGCAUUCUGUGGAGGAACCACCCCUCCGAAGAAAUUCAAACCUACAGAUUGAAAACGGUGACGUACGGCGAAGCAGCAUGGUCUUUCCUAGCAUGCCGAGCGCUUCACGAAGUCGGGGAAGAACUAUGUCCCGAGCAGCCGGAGAUUGCUGAUGCCAUUCAGCAAUGUUUCUAUGUAGACAACCUAAUGAUGGGGGGAGAUUCAGUAGAUGAGCUACUACAUCGCCGCAAGGCUGUGGAAGCCG